AUGGAUACUGUGAAUCCAGUAAACCACAUCUCCAUGCACGACUUACGACAGAGGACGUUAGAGAAGACCCAGUACCUUCAAGAGAAUGGCUAUAACGUUAUAGAGAUAUGGACCUGCGACAUCGAACGUGAGCUUUCCAUGGAUUCAGAGAUGAAGACGUUUUUCGACGAUUUUGAAAUCUUUGAACCUCUAGAGCCACGACAGGCUUUCUUCGGUGGCCGCACCAAUGCCACACGUCUUUACUACGACGUCAGAGUUGAUGAAAAGAUUCGUUAUGUAGACUUCUGCAGUUUCUAUCCCUGGUGUAACAAAUAUGGGGAAUAUCCGAUCGGACACCCAGAAAUAAUCACAGAUAAUUUUGGACUGGUUGAAAGUUACUUUGGUCUAAUAAAAUGUUCUGUGCUACCACCUCGAGGGCUCUAUCACCCGGUCUUGCCCUAUCGUACUCAGGGCAAGUUAAUGUUUCCCCUCUGCCGUACCUGUGCCGACUCCGUGCAACAAGAACCCUGCAAACACGUUGAUAGAGAGAGAGCUAUACACAGCACAUGGGUGAGUCUGGAGCUGGAAAAGGCCCUCGAGAAGGGUUAUCGAGUCCUGAAGAUAGACGAAGUUUGGCAUUUCCCUGAACAUAGAGAUGGCCUCUUCAAAGAUUACAUCGAUACCUUCCUCAAAAUCAAACAAGAGGCAAGUGGUUUUCCAGCAGGGUGCGAUACAGACGAGAAGAAGUCACAGUACAUUGCUGAUUACGCGGCAAAGGAGGGAAUACAACUGGAUCCUAGACAGAUCGUCAAGAAUCCUGGCCUAAGGGCGUUGGCAAAGCUCAUGCUUAACUCCUUUUGGGGAAAGUUUGCACAACGUCCUAACAUGGGUCAGGUUAAAAUCAUUUCGGAUCCUGCUGAAUACUUCGACCUUUUAUCUAGUGACAAAAUCAACGUCACUGACGUUAAUUUCAUCAACGACGAGCUGAUCGAAGCACAUUAUGAAAAUAUCGAAGAGUUCGUGGAGGCUGACGGAAAUACAAAUGUAAUUAUCGCGGCCUUCACUACAGCCCAUGCUCGCCUGAAACUCUACAGCGUUCUGGAGCAGCUGGAUCGUCGUGUCUUGUAUUUCGACACGGACUCCGUGAUCUAUGUGUCAAGAGAUGGUGAAUGGGAGCCACCCGUUGGUUCAUACCUCGGUGACCUGACUGAUGAAUUAGAUGGAGCUCAUAUUAUCACGUUUGCGUCCGGUGGUCCCAAGAACUACAGUUACGAGACGAACAAGGGGAAAACAGUUUGCAAAGUACGCGGGAUAACAUUGAACUACAGAACGAAGCAAUUUGUUAAUCACAGUGUCUUGUGUGAUUUGAUCUUCUUGAACACUAUAAGUAAUGAAAACGAUGGAAUCACCAUCGACAUUCCGUAUAAGAUCAUAAGAGACACGAGGGACAAAGCGAUAAUAACGAAAAGUGAAAGGAAAAAAUAUAGAAUGGUAUAUACUAAGCGUGAAUUGUAA